AUGCACGCCGGCAGCUCUACUAGAGAGCAAGAGGCAACAGCACCUCAUCCACUUCCUCUUCCACCCCAUGGCGCCACACCCGUCAGUGUCGGUGGCGCUGUCGCGUCCUCCUCCGGCGUCUCUCACUCUUCGCGCGCCAAGAGCAGAAAACCAGCUGUCCUUGCCACCCUGUGGCUAGACGCGGAUCACUACACGUAUGAGGCGCUCUGUACUGCUGGCGCAGCUGCUGUCAUCGUGCGCCCCUCACAGUGUGAAGAGGGGGAGAGCGACGCUCUCCACUCCGGCGAGAUUCAUGCAGGUGAUAUGCGGGACAGACAGGGCCUGCCGGUUGACAGUACAGCGACAGGUGAUGAUUUGUCAAUGGGCCCUCGAUCCCCACCUCCACUUCGUCUAGCACAACACGAGGGUAUGACGGCCGCGCGCAGACGCCCAUCCUCCUCAGCGAGAGCAUCAGCCAUUAGCGCAGCCACCGACGGCACCAAAAGGCACGAGGCCUGCAAAGGGGGUGAGCCAAAACAGAAGGCGAGCGGUCGUACCGUGGCAGAUGACGUGGCGCACCGAAGCUCCCCUGCUGCGUCAUCCGCUGGUGCACGCGCAGCGCAAAGCACUUCCUCUGGCCUUUUGCCUCUCUCCCCAGGCGAUGCUGAUGUGCGCCUUGACAUUCUCGAAGAGGUAGAGCUGUGCAAUGUGACCCCCAUCCUGCCUCGCACCUUUGCUGUAGAGCAGCUCGUGCAGCAGCUUGUGCCGUGUACUUACAUCUUCGCGCCCCACGCGCCACCCCCACCUAGUGCGACACGUGCGUCGUCUGCUAAGCGCGCUGAGGCUGACGCCAACUCCCCUUCAUCGGCUGCGCCCGCGCACGGGUUCAAUGCCCCCCCUCCUCGCACGCCUUUGACAGGUCAGUGUCUUGCGCACUUGCGAAAGGUGUCUGAUCAGCAUCUUGCACUUCUGCGCGGGGCGACCAGCACACCGGUGACGCCAGAGGUCGUGGCGAGCGCUUCGGCAGUGAACGGUGCGUCUCGUACGCGCAUGGUGCCGUCCACCGUUCCAGUAUACAUGCAAGCCACAUCGCUGGCGGUGUGCGGAGGCAGCGACCAUGACCGCUUGACAGCAACGUACACCGGCAAGGGCGGAGACGGCGAUCCUCAUAAGCGUGGCGAACAGGAGAGCGCGAGGGAGUGGAAAGAAGAGGUGCUCCUCACCGGUGGGGUGUGCCAGUCGUUGCUCUCGCGGCUGGCGGACCCGAGCAGCAACGAGAGCGAUAUGGAAGUGGCUUUGGCUCACGAGACCGAUGCACGGCAGGCUGCCGUCGAAGACUCUGCAGCACCUUUGCACUCUGAGGGCUUGCCCUUGGCUAGCAACGACAACGCUCCUACACUACGAGAAGCAAGCGAGUCAGUCUCAUCCAUCAGCGCAUCGGUGGCAGCAGGGGUCUUUUCCGUGACGGCCACAUGUGAGACUUUUCCUCACUGCACACUCAGUGAGGGUAGUUCAUGGCGGCUCCGUGGGCGACCGGCUCCAACGCCAGGGCCCCAAACAUCGUCUGCAUCGCUGACGUCAGCUGCGGUGGAGACUGCAGGCAGCUGCUGCCACACGGAAAGGAUUGCAUGGGUGUCAUUUGCCGCCGCGCAGGCUCGCUACGAGCAGUACCGUCAGCUUCUGCUUCAGAGACACACAGGCGGGGCCAACUUUCCCAUGAGCCCCAGCACGGGUGACUCCGCAUCCACGAAUUCGCGAAAAGUGGAGGACCGCCAAACACGAUUGGAGGAGCAGAGCGCCAUGCCAGACGUGGCGCAAUCCGCACUUUCACAGUGCACAGCCGCGACGUCCGACUUCACGGCGGACUUCGAAACAGUUCAGAAGUUCUGGACCACUGCUGCCGCAGCCCCUCUCGCCCCGUCCUUCAUGGCGACUGAUAUGGCGACAGACCCGGCGGUCUCUGAAAUAGGCCCCACAGACACUGACCUCGACGAUGCCAAUGUGUUGGCCUUGAGCACCGCCCUUUUCCCGCUGCACAGCAGUCCGCAGCUUCCCCUACCGCUCACAUUGUCAAAGCAGCAUCAUAUGGCAGAGCAGUUGUCCCUACGUGCGAGUCAACAGCGGCAGUGUGGCGCUGUUGUAGAGUGGUCUUCCGGCACUGUGAGCUACACCACUGACACGCUGGGGCUCUACGAGGAGCAGCGGGUGCAUUCACAGCGCCUUUAUCAUGUGCUUCCACCCUCCCCUCCCUCCCUUCCUCUCGCUUCUGCGGUGCCGAGCAAGCGCUCCGUGAGCGUUGCUCGUGGCGACGGCAGCUUUAGCAACGUCGCAGCCACAGAAGAUCGGUCAAGUUUGCGAGGUGUUGUGCUCGCUCAGCUGCAGCGGCUUAGUCGCCUCCGCAGUGCUGAAUGCGCUGCUGCUCACGGUGAAGUGGCGCUGGAAAGUGAGGACACUAUCGAGCCUCCCGCGCGUGAGAAUGCCGUUGCUGUGACUGGGGCGACACGCCUUUCACCCCAACCGCCUACGCCCGUGACGAGGAAGCCGUCGCCGCCGUCGAGCAGCUUUUCAGCGCCUACAUCUCCUAACAUCAUGCCUGCGGUGGCUCUCUCCGCCCACCAGUGCCGCUGCUAUCGCUGUCUUCCCCUUAAUGUGCAGUUCGCGCAGGUGCCGUCGCUGACGUUACCUGUGCUGCGCCGCUACCUUGACGUGCUCCAUCGCACGGCUCUCCCGGGACUUUCCACACAGCAGCGGCGUCAGGGUACUACUCUCGCGUCCGCUGUGGAGGUCAGCGCCGUUUCUUCAGCUGAGGAAGCGCCAGAACUGGCGUCGCAGCGAGAACCGUCUUCCAGGACGGCCGCAGUAGCAAGGAGGGGGGGUCUUCCAGCGGAAGAGGUCGGUACCGGCCCCCACGCGUCCAGAGAUGGGUGCUGUGGCCGUGCGCGCGCCCAUCACAGCGGUCGUCGCCGACGCUGCGGGGCGGUGGACGACGUGACGGCCGCAAACGGCGCCAAGCGGAGCAAAAAGGCGUGCGAAGCGACGCCUGUGUCGGCGCCAAGCCGCCCUCACGCACUGCAGGCAGGUGGCGACGCCCAACGAAUGCGUGGCGUAGACGAUCCGCUGACGGUCUUCCCAGUGCUGCAGUGGUGGCUGGACCGCAGACAGGAAGGCGGCAGGCCUACCCACGGAACACCACCAAACGGGAAGCGCACCAGGACUGAGACGAGUGAUGCCGCUCUGCAGUCGUCCGACGGCGUCCAGCGGUGCGACCGCGCACCUUCGCAGCUGGUGGCACAGAUGACAACAGGGCAUCGGCACCACGGGGAAGCCUGUGCGUCUGGCCAGGAUCGUCCUCGCACCUCUGACAGUAGCUUUCCUUCAGCUGUACCCACCGAGCCCUCGAGCGCCGAUGUGGUUUCUCUCGACUGGGUUGAUGAUGCAGUGCUGGACGAAGUUGUCGUGGUAGGUAUCGUGCCGCGCGGGUAUCCGCACCAGCUGCAGCUUGUUGCACCAUCUCGUGCCUUCUGCCUGAUCCUCAUUCAACGGCUGGAGGAGGUUGCCGAGGCAGCCGUGCCGAUCCUCGGGUUCAUGAUACCGCCCCAUCCAGCUCCGCCCUUUCCUCUGCCAGGUGGCAUGAACAGGGCGCCAGAGGCGGCAGCGGCAACGGCAACGGCCAGUACGUCUUCGGAUACCACCUCCGAGUGGCGGGCCUGGCUCGAGGAGCAGUACUUCACCGCCAUGUGGACAACGCUGCGGCAACGACUGACUUCAAUAGAAUGGCGUACUGUGCUGCAAGAGGCAUGUGACUCUCCCUUUCUCGCGAGAUGGACCAAAGCGGCGGCUGUCGGAUCCGGCAGCAAGAGCGCCGUCUUCCGUGACCAUACACUACGCCCCGGACCCGGGCUUAUGACAACGGCAAGCGAGAGAGGAGUGUCAGGGUCACCUGCGGCGGAGAGGCACAAAGGUGAGGCGGCCGUACACGAGGCUCUUCACGGCAUGCAGACAAGCGUGCGUCGGGCUGCGGAGUUGCACACCACUGCCUGCCUCAGCACUACCGAGGACCUUGUUGCCCGUGUUAUCCUCACAGCGCUGGUUCCUAUUCUGCACCGGCGCAUCACCGUCAUGUACGAACUGUUGCGCCAUUUCGCCUCCAAGUCGCUUUACAUGUCGCACCGCAUGCAGUGCGACGCGUAUCAGCACUGGUACAGCAUGACGCCGUCUCCUGCGGCUGUGCUACGGCUGUUACAGCGCAGUGGACGCUUCAGCAGAGCCCUGGCGCGGUGCUACCCGCAGUAUGACCUUUCUCCCGUAAUGCUAUCCCCGCUGACGACACUAGACGGCGGUGGCCAAGGAGGUGCGGCGACACGGGCCGCAGCGGCAUCGACGUCGCUCCCUUCGAGCCCGCUUAGCCACGCAAUGGAUGAGGCUGGUAACUCCACAGCUGCCCGUGACGUUACGGCUAGCGAGUCAGAGGUGACUGCGGGGUCGUUGUCAACGCAUGAGGAUUACUCUCCUCAACUCGAGGACAUCUCAGCCACCCACGCGGAAACCUCUCCAGCGCGCUGUCAGGCACGUGCAACAGCGACGGUGGAGGGCCGGGACGUGGAGAGUCCUCCGUCUCUGUCCUCAUCAUCUUCGCCGACGACCACAGCGGCACCAAUGGCCGCGACGUCAGCGUGGAUGUCGUUUCUUCCAUCUUCCAGCGACGAGCCGUCUCUGCAAGCGCCGCCACAGCCGCCGCCGCCGCCGCCGCCGCAGCAGCAGCAGGCGGUGAUGACGUACGUGCCAGAGUCGGCGCUGCUUGACCCUCGCUAUCUCCAGCGCUUCGCCUGGUGGAUGCACCGUGUCCACCACGGCGCUGGAACGAACGGUAGUGGCAGCGCUACCAGCAGUGGCAGCAGUGGCACCGGCGGAGUCGGUGUUGGUGCACCGCCACAUUCUCGAGUGGCUAGCACAGUGCACAUACCGGGUGACUAUCUGCGCGUGCUGCCCAUGCAGGAGCAAGACGCCUCUAUCCGCACUGUGCUGCGCAGCCUGGCGCAGAAGGGCCGCACGCUGGACUUGUGGGAGAUGAGUCAGCAUAUUAACAGCCACCACGCGUCGUACGUGUACCACUGA